AUGGCGUCCGAGAAGAAGUGACUUUCUCUCUUUAUUUUGCGCGAUUUUAUCAUCGAUAUUCUCAAAAUGAACACUAUAAACCCUUUAGCGAACCCCAAAGGGGUUAAAUUAUGCUGUGAGCUCUGCCAGAAGCCAGCUUUUGUCCAGUGUACUGAGUGCCGAGUGACUUAUUAUUGUGGUCCUGAACACCAGAAAGCCGACUGGCUUGGUAUACAUGAAAAGAUAUGCCAGUUGUUGAUGGCUCUUCGUUCGCCGAUUCCUUUUCUUGGGUCCGAAGAAGAACGACAAAAACGAAAACACAAACAAAUUUUACGAAAGCAACAAAUGAUAGAUCUUUGCCGUACAGAAGGACAGAAGUUACUCUUUGAGGGAAAGUACGACAGAGCGGUACCAGCCGCGCUGCAAUCGCUUAAAUUUUCUAUUGAUAUAUAUGGUCUGAGUAGUAUUGAACUGGUUCCUUCAUAUCUUAUCCUUGGUGAAGCAAGUAUAGGACUAGGGAAACUCUCCCAAGCAGAAGAAUAUCUUGCACAGGCUGAAUGGACAGCCCUUAAGACCCCAGGAUGUGGAGAUGAUAUCAAAUCAAGGUUAUACAGGAAUCUUGGGUUGUUGAAUGCUGCUAACGGAGAUUAUACUGAAGCUUUGACUUACUUUGCUGAUGACAUUUAUCAUUCAUCCAGAAAGCAUGGCACAGAUGACAUCCAUACGUCUGGAGGAUACUUUCACAUGGCAAAUGUUUUUAACCGACAAAAUAAACUAGACAUUGCCUUCUCGCUUUAUAACCAGGUGACAGAUAUCUGGUACGAACAUCUUAGCAGACUAGUUGGACAGAGGACUAAAACACCAGCACAGCCGUCUGGGAUAGGCCCUGCAUUUAAAUCUGGAAUGCCCACAGACUUCGAAGUCUUAGAUGAAGCUCAAGAGGCAGAAGCUAUUCAGGUUAUCCAAGCAAUGCUAGACAUUCGUGAACAACAGAGCGUACAAAGCCCUUCCGUCAUGUACAAGAUCUACUUUACUGUUGCUAUGCUACACUUCGUCCUUGGAGACAUGACAAAGGCGAGAGAUUUCGGCAUCAAAGCACGCACGUCAUGCGAAAACAUCGUAUCUGGAGACGAAUCUCUGAUGAAACAAAUUGUCGAGUUCCUAACCUCGGUGGAAAAAUCCCAGUGAUCUUAUUUACCCUUUAAAAAGAGCUUGAAAAACUGCCAUGUACUUGGCCUGCAAUAUUAAGGGUACUCCUGAGUUUACGAUAUCAUUGUCUCGUAUAGCCUUUUUACCUGGCACUUUACGAUAUGCAACACCAAUUUAUCAUAUGUAAAUAUAAGGUAGAUAUAUUCACCUAUUAGUUUGUAAAAAAAAUAUUAUUUGCAAUGAAUUUCACGAACGCUGACUUCAGUUUCAAAAGUAAGAUGUACCAUGAUCCAGACAGGAAGUCGUGAAGCACUUCUUCAGGCUAUUUUACAGAUGUAAAAAUUUGGUAAAAAAAUUAUUUUCCAUAAAUUGCCUGCACGAACACUGACUUAAAAUAGAACAUUUACAUCAUCCUGGAGCGUGUACGUGAGGUAGCUGUUAAAAAUAUGAUCAUACUUGAUCGAGACGGGAAGUUGUGCGGUACUCCUUGGGGCCAUAUCACAGAUGACAGGCAAUAUGGUGGGUUAACAGGUGCAAAAAAAAAAAGAAUGACUCCACGCGCUUUAUCUUAAGAUCCUAGAGCCGGCGGGUAUCGUACACGGUACGACAUACCGUUACAUUGAAUUGGCUUCUCAUAAGAAUGGUUAUCGUAUGAGUGGGAAACAUACGGUAUUGACUUACAUCAGGUAAACGGUACGACAUACCGUAACGUUGAAAUAGACAUUUCCGAUUUAGCGGCAUAUGAGCGGAAUAGGCAUAUACUAGCGGAAUAAGCAUAAACCAGCGGAAUAAGGCUAGAAUCAUCGUUAUGACCAGAAAAUUCAAUAAAAUAAUGAAACAGCU